AUGCCCAAACCCCACUUCACGACCGAGAGUGAGGCUGUUUACAAGAGAAUUCAACGCCGGAAGCGCCAUCGCCCAAAAGGAACUUCAAGGAUGCUCGAAUGGUGGCCGCACACAGUCGAUGAUCCUGACAAGUAUCACUAUAACCGUGCCAUGGCUUUUAGGGAGAAUGUCCAUCCACCCCCGACUAAACCCAAGAAGCGGACGUCGGCAAUACCCUGCUUGCAUAAUGGAACAGAGGACUUCGAUGAGCAGGAGUUCUUUGAGAGUUUGGAGGAGUCCCCGUCAAAGAGAGAAAAAACUGUGGACGAGGUGCCGUUGACGGAUUUACCCAUUCGUUUCUCGAAGCCCAAAGGUGCGCAUGUUUACGAUGUCUCCUUCAAAGGGACGGUACUGAUGCACGGGUUGGUAACGGGGAUUAAACGAGAUUACGAAUUCGUUGACAAGGUUCAAGACGUGCUCGUCCUCGACGACGAGGUGCUGAGCGUACUAUCGGAGGAAGACUGGGAGGAGAUUUUCGCAGAGAUCGAGGAGUCCGAUUCCACCAGAAGAAGUCUCUAUGCGACCGUGGCUGGAGAACAAGGAAAACAACGCUGGCGCUCGCUUGGUAAUGCAAACUCCGACAAAGCCGACAAAGCGUACCAGGAGCGUAGAAGCCUUGAAUUAGACGUCUGUAGGGGACAGCGAGCUCCAGCGCUGACUGCCGAGCAGUAG